GUCUGAUGAUGUCGCCUUUCAAGUUAAAAAUGAGCUCCCAACGACGGUUGACAAAUCAAUAGAGCGUAGGUUACUGUGGAAGAUUGACCUCACACUUAUGCCGCUCUUAUUCGUCAGCUACGGACUUCAAUUCUUCGAUAAAGCAGCAUUCGGUAAUGCUGCUGUAUUCGGUUUGCUAGAGGACAUGGAUUUAACGAGCGAGAGGUAUAGUAAUGCUACUAGUGUUUUCUAUUGGGGAUACAUAACUUCCUUGCUUUUUCAUCCAUUCGCAUUACAAAAGCUGCCGAUCGGAAAAUAUCUUUCAGUUUCGAUACUAGUCUGGGGUGCACUCACGGUAGUCACAAUUGCAGUACACUCCUACCCGGGUAUAAUGGUACAAAGACUGAUUCUUGGUAUAGUGGAGGCAGUCGUUUCACCUGGUUUUGUAAUCUUGAGUAGUAUGUGGUAUAAGAAGUCCGAACAACCGAUUCGGCUGGCAAUUUGGUAUUCGAGUACAGGUAUUUUCACUAUAUUCUCAGGUGCUUUGAAUUAUGGUAUCGGAUCAGCUGCAUCAAAGCCUUCUUCAACUAUAGAACCUUGGAAAGCAAUUUACAUUUUUGCAGGUUCUUGGACAAUGUUACAUGCACUCAUCAUGCUUUUCCUUUUACCAGAUAAUCCACUUAAAGCGCGUUUAUUAACACACGAAGAACGUUUAGUUGCAGUUGCUAGAAUAAGAGAUAAUAUGACUGGUAUUGAAUCAAAGAGAUGGAAAUGGUCCCAUGUUUGGGAGUGCUUCCGCGAUCCACAAGUUUAUGCUUAUUUCCUUCUCUCAACAGCAAUUUAUAUGGUAAACGGCCCUGUUACAGCUUUUGGUGCCCAAAUUAUUAAGUCUUUUGGGUAUUCUUCUCUCAAAACGAUCCUAAUGACGAUGCCUGGAGGCGCUACAACGGCUCUUUCGAUUUGGAUCACAGCUUGGAUAGCUAUGAAAUGUAGAAACACUCGAUUGGUCUUAUUGAUCAUAAGCUGUUUGCCAGUAAUUGUUGGUGCGGCUAUAAUUUGGCGAGCAUCUUGGAACAGUAGAGGUGUACCUUUGUUUGGCUACUAUUUGCUUCCUAUAUUUGGUGCUCCUUACGUUAUGAUGCUUGCUACCAACACUUCGAACGUCGCUGGAGCAACUAAAAAGAAGGUGACGGCGUCCAUUAUAUUUAUUGGAUACAAUGUAGGCAAUAUCGCCUCACCUUACCUGGUGGACACUACUACUGCAAGCAGCCAUUAUCCGAAAGCCUGGAUAGGCGUUAUCGUAGCCAUGUGUAUCGCUAUACUAGUUGCAGCAUUGCUGUUAGUGUACUUCAUCCUUGAAAAUAGAAGAAGAGAUCAAGCUGAUAUUUCGGAGAAAAGCAUCAAUGAACUAGCAUUCAGAGAUAUGACGGAUAUACAGAAUAGAAACUUUCGAUACCUUUAUUAAUUGGAUUAAAGAAUUUCUUACUCAAUUUGCUAUAGAUUUCUUGUUGCCUAAGCUCUAUAAUGUAAUAUUAAUCUAGAUAAUAAAAUUCAUGAAAUUCAUGAUAGGUAAAGUUAUACUACAAGCGAAGAACGAAUUUAUCGAUCAAUCUAACGUGAUCUAAAACUCUAUUAAGGAUCUUUAAGAAGUCUGCAACUCUCGUACGCAUUCUAGAGUGCAUAUAUGCUUUUGAGCAUUUAAUGUGAUAGUGAAGAUAGUUUCUGAACAAUUGGAUACGUGAAAUAGUUGAUGCAGCAAUAUGCUCAUUUGCAAAAUGACGUGGGAAAAGGACUAAGAAAACAUUAGCUAAACAAGUGCGACUACUGGUAAAUACUGACCAAAUGUGACAUAACCAACGUCAUCAGAUUUAAUAAGGUUUGGUAAGUGACGAAUUUCGAGUGGUGGUUCUCUCGUUGAGUAAAGAACUUGAGGAGCGGUCUGUAUUGAAGGUAACUUUCUGGCAUCAACGAACUCUUGUAAGAAGACUCUACCAAAUAUCUUAUCAGUUUCCUCCUGGAAUACAGUGGAAAAAAUAACGGUUACUCUAUCAAUACCUGCUUGAAUGUAAAUAGCUUCUUGAUUUCUGUAAUGGAGUUCCAAAAGUGGACCUUGAGGAAUUGGAGAACCAUCGGUUGGGAUAUCGGUACCUUCGAGUUGCUUUUGUGUUUGAAAUGCUUGUAAGAAAGGUGCGCUCAUUGCAUUUCUCUUGAGUAAAGACAAAUUAUUGAUAUAUUGAUUGCGCUGCUCCAAAUCUUGUGGGAUUGUGUUCAAAUCGACUGAUAUUGAUACAUCGUAACCCGGCUCAACACCCUUCUGCACAUCUGAGCCGUAAUGUUGCUGCAAAACCUGGAAUGCACCGUAUGCUUCCAACUCUGACCAGCAAGCGACGGACAUCGACAAGAUGAUCUCAUUUUUAGAUUUGCUGUUUGGUGUCCACAUGUGGUAUCGUACACCAUCAAAAUCCACAAAUGUCUGGUCUAAAGAUGUCGGUUUUUGUAGUUUCUCAUUGACGACUUUCUUUAUGAUAACGUUCUCUGGCUAUAUAACAUUAACUGAUGUAUUAAACUAUCAAACAAGCGCUUACUUCAAGUAAAAUCAUUUUGG